CUCCCCGCAACUGCGCAGCUGCUGAACUCACGAGCAACAGCACCAACAUCAGCAACAGCUGUAAACUUCUGGAAAAGAUUGAGAUAGCUCAAUUUUCUUUUCAAUUUUUCACUUUCGGCACUGCUACCCUCUGCAUAUCUAUCUGAGCAAUAUUUGCUCUCAUCCUCUCUUGUUAUCAAUCCUCCGCUAAGUCGGGCUUGUUUGCUUCGCCCGUCUUCACUCCUCUCACUUAGCCAACAAGGGGCAGUAACCAGGAGCUUAGUGGUCCAAGAUACACCAAUACCUCCCAUCAACAUCUCCUCCCCCCGCUCGUCGCUGCGUCCUCCCGUUGCUGCUAUCCUCCCGCUUCGAGACAGCGGUCGAAUUGAAAACACCUCCUGGUUUCUCCCCAGAAAGUCCUCAGAACGCACCUGUGAUUGGAGUCUCCCAUAAGGUCUUCUCCUUCUUCCGGUACCAGUCCUCGUCGUGGACAGAAAUUAACCUUGUCCGACCCCAUUCCUCUUUCUUCCAGCGACGACGAAGAAGCCCCUUUUUUGCGAAGGAAAAGUACAAAGUCGCUCCGGUCUUUCAAUACUGCAAGAUCUACCCAAUCAAUCAACGAGACCCAGCUCGCCAACGGAAAGCUCGUGCUCGAGCCCUUAUAUCCUUACGACCCCUUCACUAACCCAGACAUCGCUCCCGCCCCUGCAGAUUUAGUCCCUGCUUAGAACGCUCCGGCGCACGCUUGCCUGGCAUCUGUUCUGUCCUCGACCAACUCUACCAAAACAAUCCGGCCCCAGCCAUCCGACUCCGUUGAUACCAAUAUGUCUGAACAGCCUCUACUUCAAAGCGCCCCAGGCAAGCGUAUCGCCCUUCCUACCCGCGUUGAACCCAAAGUUUUCUUCGCCAAUGAACGUACAUUUCUAUCAUGGCUCAAUUUUACCGUCAUCCUGGGUGGCCUGGCUGUCGGUUUGUUGAAUUUUGGAGACUCGGUCGGCCGCAUAUCCGCAGGCCUGUUCACCAUCGUCGCCAUGGCUGCCAUGAUCUACGCCUUGUUCACGUUUCACUGGCGAGCCAAGAGUAUCAGGCAAAGAGGCCAGGGUGGGUUCGAUGAUCGGAUUGGGCCUACGGUCCUUGCCCUGGCUUUGCUCGGAGCCGUCGUGGUCAACUUUGUCUUGAGAGUCGUUGACGCAUGAAAUCGUGGUGCUAUAUACGGGGGUUUAAGGUCGCUGGUGGAUGAUGCUAUUCUUUAGGACUUGUCUCCACUAAAAGAGCAUCGUGGUUCUACCUGGUAGAGUGACAUGAUAUGGAAUGUCGGAGGACUUGUACAGGGAGUUUGUCGGCGGUAAUGCGUGGCGAGAUUCUAGCCACCAAGACUUGGCAUAUAAAUGCCUUGUCCAACAUGUAGCAAAGUGAAAUGCAACCAGUAAAACUCAUUCUCGAUGAGGUCUGGAUGGA